UGUAGGCGGGUUCGCGCGAAAUUUAAGCAUAAACAAAAUAGAGUUUGCGUUUUAUUUUUUUAGCGUCAGUGUUUUUUUUUAUAAUUAAUUGUUUCGGAUUCGUGUUUGCGUGUUAUGAUAGGUUUAUUAUAAUUUUAAUUAGUAUUAAUAAAAGUGGAUAUACUAAUGAGAAAAAUGGGUGAGCAAUCGUUAAAUAUGCCGGAUGAGAGUAUAGAGCACCACAUAGUAACGUUGUUUGAGAAGUUGGAAGGUUUGAGGAAGGAUAGUAAUGAAGGGCUGGCUGGUAGGGUGCCGGCCCGGUUGGAAGUGAGGACUCUUUCGCUGUGGAAGGCCGUGGUGGCGGAGUGCGCGGCCUCGUUCCUGUAUGUGUUCAUAGUGUGCGGGGCGGCGAUCGGUGCUGGGGUCGGGGCUUCAGCCUCGGCCAUCCUGAUGUCCACGGCCUUGGCCUCGGGAUGUGCCAUCGCCACGCUGACGCUGUGCUUUGUCAAUAUUUCUGGUGCACACAUCAACCCGGCGGUAUCAGCAGCCCUAUGUGUACGUAGGCGCGUGUCGCCAUUGCGCGCGAUCCUGUAUGUGGCCGCCCAGUGUGGGGGAGCAAUAGCUGGAGCUGCUGCGAGUUUAGGCCUAAGCAUGCCCGGCUACGGUGGCAGCCUGGCAGCCGCGUUGCCAGGCGCCGGCAGCGCCUGGGAGCGCCUCGGUGCUGAGCUGGUGCUGUCAGGGUUGGUGGCCGCGGCGUACUUCGCUGCCAUGGAGCGGCGAUGGACCGGGGCGGCCCCUGCGUUCCUCGGCGCAGCUUAUUGUGCAGCUACUUUUGUCUCUAUGCCAUCGCUAAACCCAGCGCGCUCUUUAGGCCCUUCCUUCGUCCUCUCCCGCUGGGAGAGCCACUGGGUGAGCUGGGUGGGCGGGCUCGGCGGCGGCGCGGCCUGUGCCCUGCUCCACGAGUGGGGCUCCCGCCGUCCUCGCACGUCUUCCCGCGCGUCAUCCCCAAGAGACAUAGACGACGACAAACCAGCCUUCACUCACUACAGACACGCUCCUACGUACUGCGCGGCGUCGGCGCCUCGACCGGACAACGCUGAGCCGCUGUAUUCGGGCACGAAGAGCCUGUACUGCAGGUCGCCGCCGCCGGCGAGGCACACGCUUCACAGGUCAGCCGGACAGCACGCUCACAUAUCGCAGUCGGUGUACAGCAAAGGCAGCAGCGCGACCACCACAACCAAUGGUCCCACCGCCGGCGCGCCGCUGGUCUCGGCGCAGUCGUUACUGCUGCGGCCGCACGCGACGCUGGCGCAUGCGCACGCGCACGCACCGCACACGCAGCACGCGCUCACGCACAAUCAGAAUGCGCAUAAUGCGCAGAGGGAGCCGGCGUAUGGGACUGCGAAUGGUGUCAGGCCGGGGCCUGCUGGAGCCCCCGGUACCGAGCGUCGCGACUCACUCUACAGCGGCCGCCGCGGCCCUCUGUCCUCAGAAGACUCUGCCUACUCGACCUACUCGCGCUCCAACUACCGCCCCGAACACUACUAGCGACGCGCCUCGCAGCACAACAUUGCGCUGCUUUUUGACGUCUAAUGACGUCUACAAACGCCUGGCUUGACGUCUAUACGAGACGCUGGCGCUUCCGUCACGCAUGAGUGACAGACGUUACUGUGCAAGUGAUAAAAUGUUUCAAGUGUUGUAAACUUGGACACAGACGUUUUAAUAGUUACAGAUAUGAAAUUCCUAACAAAAUGUUACAAUAUCAUAAUCAGUAGUUAGAAUAAAUAAAUAAUUUAAAUUGUCUUACCUUGUAAGACCACUCUCCUCAAAAUACAACCUACUCACCGUCGUCAUCAUACUCAAUGUAACUGACGACGAUGAACUUCGACGUUACUGCUGAACGCUCGCCACAGCAUUAUCAUGGGCGGAUUUUUUCAACAAGGUCCGUGCCCAGGAGUAGGAGCAAAGGAAACUGAACAAUGGUUCUAAAACAGACAAAGGGCUCUCCUAAAUUCCUUGCUCCUUUGAAUAAAGGUACUUAGCCAUCACAAGAUUGUUUAUCAACUCUUAUAGGUGUAAAAGAUGCAUUUAAUAACAUUGUUAUUGUAUUAUUACUAUCUACAACGAAUUAGUAGGUAUUUUAGAAAUCUCACCUAACGUUAUUAUUAAGCGUAAAACGACUGUACUUUUAGAAAAUGAUCAUUCAAUACGAAUAUUUCUUACCAAAAAUUCACUGGAAAAAUACCUAUACCUAAUUAAAUUACUUAAAUUAUUUGACAGCUAAAAUAAAUGUAAAAGAUUUGUUAUAUUUUCUUGUGGAAAGUAUAAACAACUUAUGUUUAUCCGGAUCAAAGGACUGCAAAAUAUGUAAAUACAGUCAGAAGAAGUUGAUAAACGGAACGAGAAUAUUCUGUAUGCUCUUUUGCAAAAUAAAGAGACUUCGAGUAGCAAUUUACUCGUAUAUGCUCUCGUAUUGCAAUGUACCUAACUUUAAUAAUUUAUACCUACACUAAGUAAAAUGGUUUGCAAAUAAAUGUUUAGUGAUUACUGAUAUCGCUUUGACAUAUUUAUCUAAACUACCAUUUAUUUUGUUGAGUAUGCUCACCCUUAUAAUUAGCAUUGGUAGGUACAUAAACCUACCCGUACAUUGUUUUUUAUACGGCAUGUAUAUAGCUUUAAGUACCUAGUCCUAAGACUAGCGUUAAGAGUUUAGAAUUUGGCUAUGAGGACCAAAUGUAAUCCUGAAAUGUAUAUGUAAUUGUUGAUACUGUUAUAAAUUGAAUAAAUCUAGUAUAGAACAGUGAAUUGCCAUACAAGUUUACGUUUUAGUGCCAUAACGAAACUUCCAAUUUUAAACCUAUACAUUUGACUGUGCCAACUAAUUUUUGAAGUUAAAGACUUACUAGGAUAAGAGACUUAGUUACCUAAAUUGUAUAUAAUGGUAUUUGUAAAUGGUUUACAUUAAAGUAUUAUAUUUAUACUUAUAAUUCAAUUAUCAAAUCUUAAGAUAUACCUAACAAAUAGUAAGGCACGUUUGGCGACUUUUGGAACCAAGUGACACCAUUGUCCUUUUUUUUGUAAAUGCACAUAAAACUUUGCUCAGAAAGUGAUAACUUACGCAUUAUAUUUGAUUUAAUAAUUAUGUAUUGCCUCUGUCCUUAAAAUAUUUCAUAAUCAUUUUAAACCAUAAUUGUAAAGUUCUAACCUAAAGAGAUUUGAAUAGGUAGGCAAUAUCACGAUGUAUUCCUUAAUUCUAAAAAAUAAUGUAAUUUAAGUAAUCAUUCCAAACGGCUCUCUUUCGCAGUUAAUAAGUCACUACAAGUUCUAGGCAUUCGAUCCGGAUUCUAAAAUCAUCUUAUUUCAGAGCAUUUUACUUAAUUUUAUACUAUACACACUGAAAAGUAUUGUAUUAGUGAUGAAAGGGUUGAAAUUAACCCAUACUAUAAUGCUGUUUUUAGAUUAACUUGUAACUACGAAACGGAGUUUUGGACAUCGUUAAGAUUGUAAACCAAAUUGCUAUCUACCUAAGAUUAAAGUAUUUGGUAGGUAUUGUAAAUAAAUUUUACUUAAAACUUA